AUGGCUGAAGCGCAAGUUCAGGGUGUGGAGGUACAAUGCGUGCCGGAAAAUAAGAACCUUCCGCCGCUGCUCGGGUCGGCGGAGCCCGGUGCGGACGAGCAGCAGCUGGGCCUGCGUUGCCGCUUCACGCGCAGCACCGGCGAGACGGAGGAGUACCCGGCUACCAUGAAGAAAGCGGGAAGCGGCGCGACGCAUUUCAGCUGCUGCUGCCCGUCUGAGGCCGUUCCGCGGACGGACUCGGCGCGCGCGGCGCUGGUGUGGGGCGCAGAGGGCGAGGCGGAGGUGGCGUGCCGCGUGGUGGAGGCGCUGGAGGAGAAGAACGCGCCCGCCGUCAAAGAGCUCUCCGCUGCCGCCGUGUUUCGCAGCAUGUCGCUGCUCGAUCGCUACCUGGCUGUGUGGAUCCUCCUCGCCAUGAUCAUCGGAGUCCUGCUCGGCUACUACGUGCCCGCCAUCCGCGACGCCUGGGAGACCGUGUCCGUCGCCAACGUGUCGCUCCCCAUCGCCAUCGGCCUCUGGUGGAUGAUGUACCCCGUGCUCUGCAAGGUUCGGUUCGAGCUGCUGCCAAAGCUGUCCCGAUCCUGGGGCCUGCUGUUCCACAUCGGCAUCUCCCUGGCGAUCAACUGGGUGCUCGCUCCCCUGCUCAUGACUGGGCUGGCAUGGGCCACUCUCCCCGACCAGGCAGGGCUGCGCACAGGCAUCAUCCUGGUGGGCAUCGCUCGCUGCAUCGCCAUGGUGCUCAUCUGGAACCACCUGGCGGGCGGCAAUGCCGAGUUCUGUGCCAUCCUCGUGGCCGUGAACUCCAUUCUGCAGGUCCCUUCUUGUGCUCCGUUCGCCUUUUCUCCUCCCCCGAUCCCUUACACCAUCUGCUCAUCUUCUCCACUCUUAUUUCCCCCACAGGUGAUCCUCUACUCCCCGCUGGCCAUAUUCUACAUCGACGUGGUGUCUCACGGCGGGUCAGUGGACGUGUCCUUCUGGACCGUCGCCAAGAGCGUCCUCAUCUUCCUCGGAGUGCCUCUCCUCGCAGCCGUCAUCACGCGCUUCACGCUGCGGGGGUUGGUUGGAGCCAAGUGGUACGAUGAGAAGUUCCUGCCGUGGUUUGGCCCCACGGCGCUCAUCGGGCUGCUCUUCACCAUCUUUGUCAUGUUCUCGCUGCAAGGCCAGAACAUUGGAAACAACAUUGGAAAGGUCGCUCGUGUGGCCGUGCCUCUCCUGAUCUACUUCGGAAUCGUCUUCUUCAGUGUUAUGGCCCUCUGCUGGCGCCUUGGGUUCGCCUACUGCGACGCCGUCACUCAGUCUUUCACUGCAGGGAGCAACAAUUUCGAGCUUGCGAUUGCCGUUGCAGUUGCAUCCUAUGGCAUUGGCUCGGACGAGGCACUAGCAGCAGUUGUGGGGCCGCUGAUUGAGGUGCCUGUGCUCAUUGGUCUCGUUUAUGUCACGCUCUGGAUCCGCCAGAAGCUCCAGUGGAAGAACAAUGGGGCUGUGCUGGAUGCAGAUGAUUUCUUGGAAAAGGAGUGA